UGACGCGUUUUCCAGAUUUAGGGCCUGCAUUUUGAAUCGCAGCUGACCAAGAACCCUGAAACGCAUCAAAAUCACUCAGCGACGCGAGGCGUCAACAGCCAACGCACCAAAAAAUAAAAAUGCAAUAACAUCGGUGAUAAAAACAACUGCAACUUGAAGCAAACGCGCCUAACGAUAAUAAUCAGUACAACCAAUUAAAACUCAAAAGCUGCACGUUUUCCUCUUUAAACACCACUCUCCUCACUGCACUCUCCCCUCCGAUGCUGCGCCGCGUGUGAAUGAUUUAGGACGAAAUGAUUUAAUUAAACUUAUAAAAAAAAAACACAAAUUAAUUCGCAAUUAAACAAAUCCAAAUUACCACGUGCGUUCGUUCUCUCGAGAAGUUACUUUGUUGCGUUGUUGUUGUAGCUGCUUUGCGUUUGUUUUGCUUGCGGAGCUCUCUCCACUCGGUUGGCUCUCUCGGCGCUCGGGGCCCGCGUGGGACUUUAUUUUAUUGUAGCCGGUGGGCAGCCGGUGAUUGGAUCACCUUUGGAUUAGGACUCUCCACACCCAGCUGAAGAAAUGGUGCAGGCUCUCGACUAUGAUUGCGAGGUGCAGGGCCAGCAGGACAUACCGCAGGCUAUUCAGCUCCUCGGGGAGAUGAACAGCAAUGUCAAGCAGGUGACGGACCUGGUCGAGGGAAUGCUGCAGCGCGUCAAGAGUGGUGAGCUGACCACCGAGUACGGACUCAGCUUCCUCGAAGUAAAGUACCACAUGCUGCUGGACUACUUGAUCAACCUCACCUACGUUGUGCUGCGAAAGUGCUCCGGGGAGACCAUCGAGGGCGACCCCUCCAUCGAGCGUCUGAUUGAGAUUCGCACCGUGCUGGAGAAGAUUCGGCCCAUAGACCACAAGUUGCGCUACCAGAUUGACAAGCUCGUGAAGACGGCCACGACCGGUGUCUCGAGCAACACAGACCCCACUCUCUACAAGCCCAACCCGGAGGGCAUGAUGAUCAGUGCCGGUGCCGAUGAGGAGGAGGGAGACGACGAUUCCGAGGAGGACAGUGACGAGGAUGAGGAGGACGAGGCCGGCGCCGCGAAAAAGCCUCGCAAGGCUGCGACGGCGGGCAAGUCCGGAGUCUAUGUACCACCGCGCAUCAAGCCAGUCUACUACGAUGGCGAUGAGCGCGACGCCGACAAAGAAAAAAAGGCCAUGGAACGGGCCAAGAAGCGGGCCAUCACUUCUUCCAUGUUGCAAGACCUCAAGGAGGAGUACCUAGACGCGCCCACUGAAGUGUCGUCUGGAUCCCGGGCCCAGCAGAUGCUGUCCCAAGCCCAGAAGGAGAAGCAGGAGUACGAGGAGACCUACUUGAUGCGCCUGCCGGUGACCAAAGCGGAAAAGCAUCGUCAGCGCAAGCUCACCACCUUGGGUACACUGGGUGAUGAAAUCCUGGGCGAGAUUAGCCGCGAAUCUGCACUGCGAGGCGAUGGCAGCAAAAAGCGAAAACUGGCCAAGAAGGGCAAGGGCAAGAAGCGCGGUGGUAAAAAGCGAAAGUUUCACUAAUCGGGCAAACUAGAAACAGUUCAAAAAACCUUUUUAAAUGCAAUUAAAAUAAUUAUCAUUAAGUUUUUUUCCGUCAGAUUUUUAUUGAAAAACCAGGAUUGAUGUUAUUACUUUAAUUUGUGUUGAAUUUUUAAUUAAAAUGCUCAUUAAAAGUUUCAUUAAAAUAUUAUUUUCAAACAA